AUGUGGCCUUCGCAGGAAACAUUUGAGGGUCGAUAUUGUUUGAACCCUCCCCUCCAGGUCGAGUGGAAGCUCCCAUUACCCCCAAAUUUGGGGUGGCCCUACAUUCGGAGGGAUUAUAUGGAAUUGGCCGACAUCGCCGUUUCUGUUCCUGCUCGUGAAGUAGAAAAUGGAAUCGGUUAUCGCCACAGUUCAGAUGGAUAUGAUUCAUCGAAUGAGGAGGAGGAUGAGGAAGUGUCUGGGUGCCUCAUUCCUGAAAUUGAGUCGGGUAUGAACUUCGAGACUGAUGAUAUCAAGUUCCAUGUCAUAUAA